CUCCUCGAGACACGUUCAAUAGCCAGCAUAUUCCCUCCUCAAUAUGUUGGUCAAGAUUUUAAGACUCUUUUACUUUUUUAGUGCGGUGAUCGUAGUUAUUCCAUUUCAGUCAAUCGGGCAACCGCGACCGAAACGGUAUCACAGCAUAUACGGCAAUGAUGUGAGCGGACGCGAGUUAACAAAUAUAUUUGAGCUAGGUGCCGGAGCCUUCAAAUUUUUACUGCAAGAUCAACGUAAUUUGAAUGAGGAGGUGCCGGACGCGAUUCUGCAAUUCGGAGCCGAGUACGAUUUUAUAAUAAUUGGCGCCGGUACGGCUGGCGCUACGAUAGCUGCAAGAUUAAGUGAGAUUCAUCAGGUUGAGGUGUUAUUGAUCGAAGCUGGAUCUUACGAGAAUUUGCUGAUGGACGUCCCGGUUAUAGCUCACAUGCUGCAACUAAGCAGUGAUGUUAACUGGAUGUAUCGAACAAAAUCAUCCAAGAAAUACUGUCUUGGUAUGAAUGAUAAUAGUUGUAAUUGGCCUAGAGGAAAAGUGAUGGGCGGCAGCAGUGUACUAAACUACAUGAUCGCAACCAGAGGCGGCGCCGAGGAUUACGAUCGAUGGGUUGAGAUAGGGAAUGAAGGCUGGGCUUAUAAGGAUGUCCUGAAAUACUUUAAAAAACUGGAGACAAUCGAUAUGCCAGAACUUCAAUCGGACACUAUUUAUCACGGAACUAAGGGACCGCUGCAUAUCUCUGAGUUGUCAUUUCAUACUCUAUUGGCAAAGGCCUUCUUGAAAGCCGGCAAGGAGCUGGGAUAUCCACUGUUGGACUAUAACGGGAAAAAUAUGAUAGGAUUCUCGUAUUUGCAGGUCACGGCUGAAAAUGGCACUCGUAUGAGCAGCAAUAGAGCUUACCUACAUCCUGCGAGAGAUCGUCGCAAUCUUCACAUAACACGCAAAAGCACGGUGAGAAAAGUACUGAUCGAUCAUCGCACGAAUCGGGCGAUCGGCGUAGAGUUUAUCAAAGAUCGUCAAAUUAUCCAAGUGUUGGCGAGAAAAGAAGUAAUUUUGUGCGCGGGUACCAUCGGGUCACCACAAUUACUGAUGCUGUCCGGCGUUGGACCGGCUAAACAUCUUAGCAAACUCGGCAUAAACGUUGUUCAGGACUUGCCGGUGGGUGAAAAUUUGAUGGAUCACGUAGCUUUCGGCGGGUUAAUGUGGACGGUGAAUGACCCGAUAAGUAUACGAAUGCUCGAAAUGUUAAAUCCCACUCUUCCGUAUUUAGGAGACUUCUUGAAAAGGCGCUCAGGACCAUAUACAGUCCCGGGUGCGUGUGAGGCUCUCGCUUUCAUCGACACAAAAAAUCCAAAGAAACGUGACGGUUUGCCGGACAUAGAACUGCUGUUUAUCGGUGGAGGACUUAAAGGAGAUUUUGUUCUUACAAGUGUACUGGGUCUCAACAAGCAAAUACGUCAGAUGUGGCGGAAAUAUAGCAACAAUCACGGUUGGAUUAUAGUACCGAUAUUGUUGAAACCAAAAAGUCGUGGACGAAUAAGACUGCUAGCCAACGACAUUAAUGUUAAACCCGAGAUUGUUCCGAAUUACUUUGACGAUCCAAAAGAUCUUAAAACGAUGAUUGCUGGCAUUAGAGCUGCAAUAAGUGUCGGUCAGACAGAAAUAAUGCAGAUGUUUGGUUCACAAUUGACGAAUGAUACUUAUCCGGGAUGCGAAAACUACAAAUAUGACUCUGAUGAUUAUUGGGAGUGUGCGAUAAGAACGCUGUCUGUCACCCUCUAUCAUUGUACGGGUACUUGUAAGAUGGCACCAAGAGGAGAUCCAACUGCUGUCGUCGAUCCCAGAUUAAAGGUGAUCGGCGUUGAAGGACUGCGAGUAGCAGACGGUUCUAUCAUGCCCGAGAUUAUAUCGGCGCACACAAACAUACCUAUCCAUAUGAUUGCGGAAAAGUUGGCAGAUAUGGUCAAAGAAGAAUGGGGAUACACUUAAACAAGUAACAAACGUAAUGUAUC